CCGGCGCUCUGUCCUCUCCUCUCUGCCUUGCCUGACUCGAUCCUCCCUUAUCUGAUACUAGUGAUACUGAUACAAAACCUAUACAAUACAAUUAAAAACAUCGCAAACUAAGUUUUCCAUCGUGUUCUUCUUGAAAUAACAAGAUGACUGGAAUGGCUGUUGUAUUGUCGGGUACAGAAGUGUCUAAGGAGAUGAGGGAGAAGAUGGCUGAAGAGGUGAAGGAGCUGAGGAGACAAGUACCUGAUCUUGUACCAAAGUUAGCCAUCGUGCAAGUGGGUGGUCGUGAGGAUUCUAAUGUCUACAUUCGGAUGAAGAUAAAGGCUGCUAAUGAAAUUGGAAUGGAAGCAGAUCAUGUCAAAUUGUCAAAGUCUACAACCCAACAUGAGCUGUUGACAAGACUCAAGAAACUGAAUGAUGACCCCAAUAUCCAUGGAAUUAUUGUUCAAAUGCCACUGGACUCAGAAAAUAAGAUUGAUUCCCAUCUUGUGACAGAUUCUGUUCAUCCCAGCAAAGAUGUAGAUGGGCUAAACACCAUCAAUGAAGGCAAAGUGGCUGUUGGGGAUCUCACUGGGUUUAUCCCCUGUACUCCUAACGGUGUCAUUGAACUGAUAAAAAGGAGUUCAAUACCAAUCAGUGGCAGCAAUGCUGUGGUGCUGGGACGCAGCAAGAUCGUAGGAACCCCGGUGUCUGAGCUGCUCAAGUGGCAUCACGCCACGGUCACCAUCUGUCACUCCAAGACUAGGGACAUUGCAGACAAGGUGAGACAAGCUGAUAUUCUAGUGGUUGGCAUCGGAUCUCCACAGUUUGUCAAGGGAGAUUGGAUCAAGCCUGGAGCUGUGGUUAUUGACUGUGGCAUUAACUCUAUCCCAGAUGCUUCCAAGAAGUCAGGAUCUCGCCUGGUAGGUGAUGUUGACUAUGAUGCGGCCAGUCGUGUGGCUGGGUACAUCACACCAGUGCCAGGUGGGGUCGGCCCUAUGACUGUGGCUAUGCUGAUGAACAACGUGCUGCAGUCAGCCAAGCGUGUGGCUCAACAGCGACUCAGCAACAGAUGGCAGAUCAGUCAUCUGCCUCUCCCACUUAACCGAGCUGACCCUACUGUAGUACCCAGUGAUAUUGAAAUUGCUCAUGCUCAAGAGCCAAAGGAUAUAUCAUAUCUUGGUCAAGAACUGGGCCUCACUCCAACUGAGAUCAUUCCAUAUGGCAGUACAAAAGCCAAGGUUUCCCUUAGUGUUCUUGAUCGGCUUAGAAAUACAAAAAAUGGAAAAUAUGUUGUCGUGGCUGGGAUAACUCCAACCCCUCUUGGUGAAGGAAAAAGCACUACCACAGUAGGGCUGGCUCAAGCUCUUUCAGCUCACAAACACAAGAACACUUUUGCCUGUGUUCGCCAACCCUCCAUGGGCCCUACCUUUGGUAUUAAAGGUGGUGCGGCCGGAGGUGGCUACUCACAGGUGAUCCCCAUGGAAGAGUUCAACCUACAUCUGACAGGGGAUAUCCAUGCCAUCACAGCAGCCAACAACCUGCUGGCAGCACAGCUGGACACUCGCAUCCUGCAUGAGGACACCCAGAGUGACUCUGCCCUGUAUGACAGACUUGUACCUAAGGUGAAGGGCAAGAGAAUGUUUUCGGCUAUACAAGUGCGGAGACUGCAGCGACUCGGCAUCAGUAAGACUGACCCCGAGGAUCUCACUGACCAAGAGAGGAGAGCCUUUGCCAGACUAGACAUAGACCCAGCUACCAUCUCUUGGACCAGAGUGCUGGACGUGAAUGAUAGAUUCUUACGAAAGAUCAUCAUCGGAUGCAGUGAUACGGAGAAGAACAUGAGACGAGAAACAGGUUUUGCUGUGACAGUCGCCAGUGAGAUCAUGGCUGUGUUGGCAUUGGCGAAAGACCUUACAGAUAUGAAGGAGAGAUUGUCCAGUAUGGUAGUGGCAAUGGAUAAGGCUGGCAAACCUGUCACUGCUGACGAUUUGGGAAUGACUGGAGCCCUCGCAGUGCUACUGAAGGACUCUAUCCAGCCAACACUAAUGCAGACGUUGGAAGGAUCUCCAGUGUUUGUCCAUGCUGGACCCUUCGCCAACAUAGCUCAUGGCUGCUCCUCCAUCGUAGCUGAUGCUCUCGCUCUAAAACUCACUGGCCCUGACGGUUAUGUUGUCACUGAGGCUGGCUUUGGCUCUGACAUGGGUAUGGAGAAGUUUUUCAACAUUAAAUGCCGCUCGUCUGGGAUAGUUCCCGAUGCUGUGGUGUUGGUGGCUACAGUGAGAGCUCUGAAGAUGCAUGGAGGAGGACCCAAGGUUAUACCUGGUCGCCCCUUGGACAAGGCUUACACUGAGGAAAAUCUUGAACUCCUGAAGAAGGGUGUUGCAAAUCUAGCAAAGCAUAUAGAAAAUGGAAAGAAAUUUGGGUUACCAGUGGUGGUUGCUAUCAACAGCUUUGCGACUGACUCGUCUGCAGAGCUGGAGGUGGUGAAGGAGGCGGCCCUAGCAGCUGGAGCAGACGACGCUGUGGUGUGUAGUCACUGGCGCCAGGGUGGUCAGGGAGCCGCAGCAUUGGCAGAGGCAGUCAUCAAGGCCUGUCAGAAACCUCACUCCUUCCAAUUUCUCUACAAACUAGAUCAGCCUUUGAAAGCAAAAAUUGAAAAGAUAGCAGUUGAGAUGUAUGGAGCUGCAUCUAUUUCAAUGUCUCCUCAGACAGAAGAAAAGCUUGAGCAACUACAGCAGAAGGGUUUUGGUAACCUACCGAUCUGCAUGUCCAAGACUGCGUUGUCCCUGAGUGGUGACCCUGAGGUAAAGGGUGUACCAAAGGGGUUCACUCUCCAUAUCACUGAUGUCUUCCUGUCUGCUGGAGCAGGAUUUGUUGUAUGCAUGUGUGGAGAGAUUUCAAAGAUGUUUGGAUUACCAACAAGGCCAUGUAUCUACGAUAUUGAUCUCGACACAAAGACUGGUGAAAUUCUUGGACUGUUCUAGCAAAACCUAAAGGAAGACGUAAUCAUUAUUGGCUACAAUGUUUGUAGACAGUAUCAUACUGCUGAUUUCUUUGGAAAACUCUAAUUCAACACUAGGAUUUAAGUAGUGAUAAUGUAAUACCCCCGGGUGCCAUAAUAUUUAGUAUUUUCUUUGAAUAUUAAUACAACUAGACAUUCUAUCCCCAUGUUAAAUUUGUAGCCAGGUUUUUUAUCAAAAUUGUUGUAGUUGAUGAGUUCACAGAUUGCGCUGAUCUAAAUUACUAAAUUCUGUCGAGUAUACAUUUUUUUACCAAGUCGAACUUAGGGAAUGACUUAUGGUGAGCUAUAGCAACUAUUAUGACCCAUCAACCUGCUCAGCAACAAAAAAUAAGGUAUAAAAUAGAAUUUUAGAUGCUAACGCAUUCUGUGACUGGCUCACACAACUUCGUUCUUUUUUAGUAAAAAAAUUGCGACAGCUGGUCCAUAUAGAUGGGAUUUCUGGGAAUAUCGUCUACUUCAGUAUCCAAUGGUCAAUGGUAUUAUAUUCCAAAUUCAAAUGCUAAACUUAGCUAAACUUUGGCUAAAUGUGGUGUGAAAAUAUUAGUGUUGAAAAAUCAAAAUCAAUAUUGAUUAAUAUCAAUAACUCAUAUCAAAGUUAUAUUAACUUGUAUAAUAUGUAGCUUUUAAUUAUUAUUAUACUCUUAAUUGUGAAUAUUUGUUAUUUUUCCUAGUACUGCCUCCAUUAUUUGAAGAUUUUAAUUAAUUAUUAUUAAGCAAUCAAUAUUAUAUUAAUUUAAAUUUACUCCGGUGAAUCCAUUUGAUACAAAACAGGAAUAUCUUCUUAAUGUAGGCUUUUGUGGCCGGUGUCAUGCAUGAGAGUUCAUGGUGUUGUUUUUUGGCACCAACCGCCUUGUCACUAAUCACUGUUGCCAGACGUUUCACCCUUUGAAGUGUUUAAGUGGCAUACUUAGUGGCCAGGCUGAGACUAAAUCAGGGAAGUUCGUACAGGUAUAAUUAUUGCUGGGGUGAGGUAUCACUGAGGUAAGUGAUAAAUAUACCUGGACAAACUUCCCUCAAUUAGUCUCAGCCUAACCACUGAGGACGCCACUUCAAAGUAAGGGUAAAACGUCUGACUACAGUGUAUUAGCAAUAUAGCAUUGAACAUUCCAUUUAUUUUAUGAGCAAUGCACAUUCCAAUUAUAACCUAACCAUACUGAUAGUACUGGUGUGCCUUAAAUACUGCCUUCCAAACUAAUACUCAUAGUUUUAGAUAUAUUUUUAUAAUAUUUUAUAGAUACAAAUAGUUUUGUAUAGACAAUUUAUAUCAUUGGAAAAAUACAUUGUUAUGAUCAUAUUACUUCAUUUAGUUUACUGUGUAUAUGGUUAUAUAUUUUUCUGAUUAAGAAUUAUGUUUUCAUUUAUACUGUUGUUACUCAUAUUGUUCUAAAAUUGAAAAUAUAUUUUGAGAAAUCUGAAAACUCC